GAUCCUUUCUGUAUGAACUGUGAGUGAAUGCUCAUAAAACUGUAAGCAAAGAGUUAAUUUCCUUCCCCAAAAAGGCUUGUCAAAAAGAAAAAAAAAAUCAUGAGAAGAAUAUCUUUAGCAAUGAUGCUUUUGUCUCUUAACAAAUAUAGUAUUUGUGGUCCACAUUCACAUCUCACUUAUUUUUCACAAUAAUUGAUAAAUUGAAGAAGGAGCCGUCUGUAGAUCUAUCAAAACCCACUUCGAGAUAGGCAGAAGCAAACAAGUGAGUCAGUUACUCCUUCUGUCCUUGAGCUGCGGAGUCCACAAGAGUUACAAUUAUACAAACAUAAUUGGUAAAGGGGCUUGUGAAUGAAAACGAUACAUGCCGGCACUGUUCUUAUCAGUUAUCAUAUUUUAGCUGGCGUCCACCCAUCAAGACUCUAUCAAAACACACUAAUUGUGGACUCAGUUCUUUGCUUCUAGACAGCCCCUUCUCUCUCUUACCCUUUUCUUAUUUCCAAGCAAGGAGUAAACUACGGCUCAAACCAUGAGUAUAUAAAACUACGGAUUGUUGACAAUUACAUUCUCGUAGAUAGUUAUGCAUUGAGAUAUAUAUGAGAUUUCUUUAUAUCACUUUCAGAAAAACAAAUUUUCUUUCCAACUUCCAUUUCCAGUUUUCCACCUCUACUUUUUUUCCAUCUUUUUUCUAUGUUGGUCUUCUUUGUAGCUCUCCAAAAGAGGGCAAAAACCCUUUUUCAGCAGCUUAGAGCAGUGGGGUUGAUCCGUGGACGUAAGAAGACUAAGCGGAACAGGAAACUUUGGCCUAGUCUUGAUGCAUCAGCCACAGAAGCCAUGGAAGUCUCCAGCCAGUUUAAGCGAGUUUUCGAGGUCAUAGACGAAAACGGUGACGGGAAAAUAUCCCCAUCAGAGCUCAGUGAAGUGCUGUUAUGUCUCGGCUACAAUAAAUCUAUUGCCACCAAGGAGGCCGAAGGAAUGGUCAGAGAAAUGGACUGUAAUGGAGAUGGGUUUGUAGACUUGGAUGAGUUCUUGGACGUUAUGAUCAAUUGCAAUCAUAAUAGUAAUAAUAGAACUACUGAUAAUAAUUCUGAUGAAAAGCAGGAUAAUGAUGAUGAUGGUGAGGACCAUGAUCACCUCUUGGAUGCUUUCCUUGUUUUUGAUACAGACAAGAACGGUAAGAUUUCAGCCAAGGAGUUAAGACGGGUUCUGGUCAGGCUUGGAUGUGAUAAAUGUAGUCUUGGAGAGUGUAGAAGAAUGAUCCAAGGUGUGGAUAAGGAUGGUGAUGGCUUCGUUGAUUUUGAAGAAUUUAGGUUGAUGAUGACCAGGUCUACAGAUUAAACCCAUCUCACUCUGUUUGUUUAAUUGUUUGUGUUUUGUUCCUUUGUAAAUUUUACUGAGCCAUGUCAUUUAUUAGGAAUUAGUUUGGUUUAUGAGAGGAUUUUGGGGUUUAGGAUAAGAGUAUUUCCUAAACAAAUUUAGGAGGUAAAGAAUGCAGAUAUGUAUCACAAUAUUUUUGUACUACAUAAAUAAUAUGUCUUUUCUUAUUUCAUCAUGAAAUGAGUUCUAGUAUGUCAAACCUGCAUUUAGAGCCUAAUGGCAGACAUAUAAAUAAAAAAAGUCACUUUUUUACCA